AGCCCGAGAUGGCCAGCUUGUAGUUCGCUUCCCAGCUUGACGAAGCAUUACCCCAACGCCGACGCACGCCAACCCCGGCCACGUGCAUCGGCAAUCAUUAAUGUCUCUGUCUAAACCAUCAAUAAUAAUCACGGCUUCCCAGAAUGGUCUCGUUCUUUGGCCUCAAGUUCGGGGAUAAGAAGAAGAAGUCCGACGGGAAAGCCGCGCUGCAGAAGCAGCCGCAACAGUGGAAGCGCAUAGACCAGAAUGCUCUGGGAGAGGGCCAGUUCUUCGGACAGAACAUCCACCAGAAGGGCGUCAUCAAUGGCAGCAUCCGCUCCGUGUCGCGAGCUGGCACCCCCCAGCCCGGCGCCAGUGGCAGGUCGCCGUACGCCCACUACGACACGCAUAACCUUGCUGCUGUCAGCAUGUACGACUUGAGCCACCCAGCCCGCCGAGGCAGCCAGACCAGCCUUCAGCUGAAGCCGCACGCCUCCGAUAUCAACCUGCGAACCCGGCUGGGUGCCCACAAUGGGUCCUCAACAAGUCUGGCUCUCCCAACCCCUGGAUUCGGUGCCCGCUUCGGCGCAAACAACGCAUCGUCCACGAGUCUUGCUGCGCCCAUGCCCGGAUUCGGCUCGCGCCCUGGCACCCCCAACCGGAGCAAACCGUGGGUGAAUCCGUUGGAUGUUCACUUUGCGAGGAGUUCCCCCUCUGGUCCGCCGACCCCGAAGUCCCCCCUCGCCGCGUCGAUGCAGCUCCCGCCGACGCCUACCACGGAUACUGCAGAAAAUGGGUCGGUGUUUGGCGAGGAUGCAGACGACAUGGUGGAUGCCGUUAUGGCAGCUGUGAAGAGACAGGAGCAGGAAGCGAGAGAGGCCAAGGAGAGGGAGAGGGAGUUAGAGAAACAAAGGGAAACUGCCAGGCUGGAGAUGGAGCGGCUGGAGAGGCAGAAGUCAACCGAGAGCAACCUGUCCGCCAAACCUCCUUCAGUUACACAGCCUCCACCCGAUCCGCGAAAGAAACCCGCCGAGGCACCGAACCUUCAGGCUCCCGCGCUCAGAGGCGACAUAGAUAUCAGGCCAGGCAGCCGAAAUGGACCGAUUCGGGUGCCUUCAUUGCAUCAAGGACCACCUCCCACCGGCCCUCCUACGCAGUGCCUUCCGCAGCUGCCCAGCCACGGACCGUCCCGGCAGGGUCCUCUCGGUCCUGCCGGUGAGAGUUCCAGUGCGCGUGGUCCGCGCCCAGCUGGACUGACCACCAACGGGCCAGGGCCUGGAGCUCGACUUAACAGUCCUGGCUCCCACGCUUCCAACCCCUUUGGCGCUAGCUCUAGCAUUCAUCCUCAGAGCGCACAUCCUUUGGUCGCCAAUUCCGAAGGUCCGCCACAAAAAGUGUACAGGCCCUACCGGCCACCUCCCCUUCAGAGCUCUGGCCCACUCGGUCCCCUGCCGGAUGGUCUUCGGUCACCGAGCCCCCCGCUCAGAUCUCCUGUUGUAGACAACCAUCGCUCGGACUACGCUGCAAUUCGAAGCCCGCCCUCGAAUGAGCGCCGGCUGUCCGUGGCUGACUCAGAAGCCCCAGCGCCAGCACGCAGCGAACGGGACACACCAGAAGCGGAAAGACGGGGAUUAGAGCAGCUGAUUACCGGCUUGACCUCACCCUCCACCGUGACAUCCCCCUCUGGAUCGACCGGCAGGCCGUCCCUCGACGGAGGGCCAGUUGAGCAGUCCGCACGACCCAUCAUACAAAAUGUCUCGGCUAAACGCGAUACUUUGACGCUCAACACACCUCGACAACACAGUUUGUCAAUGAAGAUUGAAGAGUUGGAGAAAACGCUCCUGAGCGCGCAGCAAGCCCACCGGUCGCAAACAAACCAAGACCAGCACAUCAGCAGAGCGAGCGCGAGCAGCAGCGUUUACAGCGGAGGCAUCAACAGAGAGGAGGAGGAUGACGACGACGACGGGCCGAUCCUCCCGGUCCAGCCUGCGCCACUCCGGAUUCCCCCGCCCGCGGCGCCUCCUGCCGCCUCUAUCGCAGCGUCCGACCGACCGCAGAGUCCCUUCAGGGGCCCAACCAGACGCGGACCUCUGCCGCGGCGUCCCGGAUUGGAAGAGUAUGGCGUGCCGGGCGCCCAGGUCUCCAAGUCCCGGGGCGGCACGCCUACCCCGGCGUCGAGGAGCGGGAGCACCGACAACUACAGCUCCCACAGUUCUCCGCCAUCCCGGACGAACACACCUCAGUUGCGGCACCCCAACUGGCGACGAGAUCUGAACCCGUCAAGCCCGGCGCCUACCGUCGACACCUUCGACCGGCCUCGUCCGAGCCCUGUUGUCGACACGGGUUUCAACUUCGACUUCGGUUUUGGCCCCAGCCCAGGGGUCGCUGCGCCACCGACGCCUGACUCGACGAACUGGCCUCUGGCCUCGCCCACCAGCGAGACCGGCUCGGUUCCACCUCCUACCUCAGAGCCACCCCCGAGGAGCGCGAGAGCCGAACAACCGCCAGCGAAAUUCACCCGCGCCAACGUGCCACCCCCGCUCAACCUCAAGUUCAACUUCUCGCCCGACGCGCCGUCCCGCGAUCCGAGCCUGGGAAGAAAUGCGGGCCUGUGGACCCCGCCGCUGCGGUCGACGCCCGGCGCCGCAUCCACCGCGGACGGGCGACCCUCGACCUCGGCGGGGCCGGGAAGCGGGCGCAAGGGCGGCGGUGGGCUGGCCGCGUCCCCGCGCCUGAUCUCGCAGUUCCCGGAGCCGUCGGUGCCUAGGGAUGAUAGCAGGCCAGCUGAGGACGACCUGGCUGCGUUCAUGGGGAUCGGCGUGGCGCGCGGGCCGAGCAUCAGGGAGGUGAGGCGGCCGGGGACGGCGGGAGGUGGGAGAGGGCCGCCGAUGUCGCCGCUGGUGGAUUCGUUCGGCACGGGGUUUAUCUGAGCUCCUUACACGGCAGGCAGUCCGUUUGAUGGAUUUCUCCUCUGUCAGGAUAACCCACCCAAUCGACGACGCAUGAGAUGAUCGCACUUUGUGUAUGACGCUGAAUUAUAUAUCCUGAUACAUGCGGCCGGCAGUCAUUCAAGAAGGUUCUCUUCUGCAAUCUUCGUUUUUUUUUGCGUUGCAAUGGCUUGCUCCGAUGCUAAAUCAAUAACCCAGACAACACCACGCCUGUCCAAAAUGCGAACACAACACAGAACCCCUCCGGUUUAUCUGCUCUAUAUGUUCACAAGCAUCCAUCCAUCCAUCCAAACAAUGUACAUCAGGCCUCUCACUCACUUUUUGCCCUUGACCUAUUUAUCCCCUCCCCCCCUUUCUUACCCCCUAUUCUCCCUCC